CCUUGCAUGUUAAUUUGUCAAAUACGCCGCGGAGUACUGAAUGGUUUGACAAGGUUUCAUAUUCCUCUGAUUAACGUUAAAAUAUUUGUUGUUAACUGCGGCGAUGAAUAUAGAUAUAAACAAAUUCAGAGCGAAACAUGCUGCAGAAUCAAAGGAAGCAGCCCCGCUACUAGCAGCUGAGAAGGAUGAAAAAAUGAUGCAAACCUUAUGUAGGAACUCUCAAAUAGGAUUCAAGGAACUACCAAUAUUUAUUGUUGUUGAGACUCGUUGUAUAACUAUGGAACAAGCAGUUCAAGCAGGCAUUAUAGUAACGUCCACACAGAUACUCGGUGUAGAACAAACUAAUGAAGACAGUAAUGUGCCUAUGGAUGCAAGUGUCGUUAAUGUGCCCUUAGUAGUGGCAGUACGUUCUGAUACUGUCGAUGCAGGGGUAAAUGCAAUUCCUCUAAUGAAUGACGCUGCAGUUCUAACUGAUGGUCCCAAUCCCACGCGGAAUCGUAACAUACAAGUUUGUCUUGAUAAUAAAUCAUUUAAAACAGUUGCAAUACAAUGCGACAUUGAUUUCGAAGAAGAAUUUGAUGCAAUGAAUAGCGCUCCGUCAGAAACAGAAAAUGCGCAAUCAAAAGAGUUGGAAUUUGUCACAUUUGCCAAAGAGAAAACAAUAUGUCAUAAAAAUGGUAAACAUGAGUGCUUAGUUUGUGGUGAAGUAAAAAUUAAUUUCAAUCUAAUGUGCAAACAUAUGAGUUUGCAUUAUGGACCAAAGAUGCUGUGUGCUACUUGUGGCCAUCAAUUUGAACAUGUUUAUUUAUACGAUAAGCAUCCAUGUCUCAACGAAAACGCAGAGAAGAAAUCUGUUGCUAAAAAACUUAAACACAGAUUUAAAUGCCCACACUUUCGUUGCGGCGUCACAACAAUAUCGCUAUUGGAACUUUAUGAUCAUAUCAAUGAACAUACAGGAAAACGUUCUUACAUUUGUGACGGCUGCAACCGUCGUUAUCACACAAUGGGUGAAUUGCGACGACAUUUAUCAAUGCGUUUGAAAUGUUUAGAGAACGGUAAAGUUCGUGACGUACAUGGUAUAUCGAAUUUGGUGCGUGAGAAAAAUUAUCGCAUACGUGUGUUUCCAGUCUACUCUGCCAGAAAUAAACGUGUACUCAUCAAAGUCUUUCUUUCCCGACUACCGCAAUCAAACUUUUGCCAACUCUGUUUGAAGCAUUGCACCAACUCCUAUAUGUAUUCGAAACAUUUACAAAGAUGCAAAAAAGCUUAUAAGUAUCGCUUACAGAGAAAACUCAAUGCAACGUCCGCAGGCACAAAUAAAAGGACAACGAAGUCAAAGUAAUUAUACCGAAAUGUCUAGAACAUUAGUGAUUUAUCCUUAUAAUUUUAAGAACAAUAAAAAACGAAAUUUAAUAACAUUAA